AAUGAAUGAAAGAAAACCUUCCAAAUACCAAACGGCAGCGUAGAGCGGUGAUCCCGGGAGAUCCUUUGAAGUUUGAUCUCCAUCGAAGACACAGGAGGAAAGAAGGAGAGCGAAGCAAAGACAGAAGGAAGAACAAAUUAGCGAAGGAAGAACAAAAAAAAAAAAAAACACAGAAAAUACUAGAGACAGACUCAGAGAGAGAAAGCAAAGAGCUGUGGUUCGGCGCUUAAAAUCUGGAGGAGGAAUCACAGUGGCGGAUUAGAGAACUUUGCAGUCAAAAUAAUCGAAUCAGAUUAUUCAGAAGCGGAGGGCGCAGGGGCAGCUUCUUUGGGAAAUUUUGUCAUGAUCAGAUGCUCUCGGGUGUAUAGUAACGAGCAGGCGGGACAAUGAUCAAUAGCAGUAACGGUAUGAUUUCGACGUCAUCGUCGACGGCGAACGCCCAAUCGCCGGGUUUGAAGACCUAUUUCAAAACCCCGGAAGGGAGGUACAAGCUCCACUACGAGAAAACACACCCUUCUGGUCUCCUUCACUAUGCCCAUGGCAAAACUGUCACUCAGGUAACUCUAGCUAAUCUGAAAGACAAGCCAGCCCCACAUACCCCGACAUCUUCAUCUUCAACGUUUAGUGCUAGCAGUGGAGUGAGAUCAGCUGCAGCAAGAUUGUUGGGUGCUGGCAAUGGGAGUCGAGCACUUAGCUUUGUUGGAGGGAAUGGUGGGAGUAAAACUGUUAGUGGCACCAGUAGGAUUGGUUCUUUAGGGGCUUCAUGCUCAAGUAGUGCUAUGAUAAAUCCGAACUUUGAUGGAAAAGGGACUUACUUGAUAUUUAAUGUUGGGGAUGCUAUUUUUGUAAGCGACCUCAACUCUCAAGAUAAGGAUCCAAUCAAAUCCAUCCAUUUUAGUAAUUCAAACCCUGUUUGCCAUGCCUUCGAUCCGGAUGCUAGGGAUGGACAUGAUUUGGUUAUUGGUUUAAGUUCUGGUGACGUCUACUCAGUAUCUCUCAGACAACAAUUACAGGAUGUUGGGAAGAAACUUGUCGGGGCACAGCAUUAUAACAAAGAUGGUUCCAUCACUAACAGUCGUUGUACUAGUAUUGCAUGGGUGCCUGGAGGCGAGGGUGCUUUUGUUGUUGCUCAUGCUGAUGGGAAUCUUUAUGUGUAUGAAAAGAACAAGGAUGGUGCUGGAGAUACUUCUUUCCCUGUGAUAAAGGAUCAAGCCCAGUUUUCCGUUUCACAUGCACGGUACAGCAAGGUAUACUAGAAUAAUAUUAUUAAUUUCUGGAGCUGGUUCUAGGCAUAUGAGGCUAGAGCUACAACGAAAUCUCAACCACGGUUUGUUAUCAACUGUUGCUGUUACAAUGUCAUGAUGAUGCCUGAUCAAAUAGUAACUGAAAUCUAAAAUAUUGGGGGCAUUUGCUGUGCUGAAACAUAAUUUUUCCUUUCUACUUUUGGCCUCUUGUGUUUGGCUUUGUAGGACAUGUGAAUUAAAUAAAUCGAAAUUUUUCCUGGUUUCCCUUACCUUCUUUGUUUAUUGUGCGAACUAUAUGCAGAGUAACCCGAUUGCCCGAUGGCACAUAUGCCAAGGUUCAAUAAACAGCAUCACUUUCUCAGCUGACGGAACCCACUUAGCAACUGUUGGAAGAGAUGGAUACCUUAGAGUUUUUGACUAUACAAAGGAACAACUUAUUUGUGGUGGGAAGAGUUACUAUGGAGCUCUACUAUCUUGUGCUUGGAGUAUGGAUGGGAAGUACAUUUUGACUGGUGGUGAAGAUGAUCUAGUUCAAGUUUGGAGUAUGGAAGAUCGGAAGGUUGUCGCAUGGGGCGAAGGACAUAACUCAUGGGUGAGUGGGGUGGCAUUUGAUUCAUAUUGGUUAUCACCAAAUGCUGAUGGCACGGCUGAGACGGUAAUGUACCGGUUUGGCUCUGUUGGCCAGGAUACACAGUUGUUGUUAUGGGACUUGGAAAUGGAUGAAAUCGUGGUGCCAUUACGAAGAUGUCCUCCUGGUGGUUCGCCAACAUUUAGUGCCGGUAGUCAAUCAUCCCACUGGGACAACGUUGUCCCAGUUGGCAUUCUGCAACCUGCUCCUUGCAUGCGAGAUGUGCCAAAGCUAUCUCCUCUUGUUGCUCACCGUGUUCAUACCGAGCCGCUUUCCGGAUUAAUCUUCACUCAAGAAUCCGUUGUUACAGCAUGCCGAGAAGGGCACAUUAAAGUUUGGAUGAGACCAGGAAUUGCUGAGAGCCAGUCAGCGACAGACUCCGAGACUGUUUUGACCGGUAACUUGAAAGAGAAGCCCUUGUUGUCGAGCAAGAGCUCCACUGCUGGCUACAGGCAAUGAUGUUUGGAAAACAAGGUCAUCACCUGCAAAUGCAAUCCGAGACCAUGCAGUGUUUAUUAUUUUUGGGUGGAUGUGCGUUUCGAUCUUCUGCUGGGGCUUUUCUGUCUCUGCUUCCUUGACCUGGUUGUUUCCUCGGAUGUUGGCGCCAGUGAGAUUUGAUCAAUUUGUUCUAUUUGUACAUCUGAGGCAUGAAAAUGUUAUUGAUUUCCAGUUAACAGAGCUUGGGAAGGAGAGAAACUUCAGCCUUUGUAAGUACGGACUGCUGCUGUGAAGGAAGAUAUGUAUACGCAAUUUAGUAACGGACAAGAAUAAUUUGAACGUUUUGUGCCUUGAAGAGAGUUCUUAUUCCAUUUUCAGUUUCCUUAAAUUUUGGAAUCACAUUUGAAAUUUGGAACUUAGAAUUGGAUGGACUGGCUGAUUCUUGGUCGGUUUUUGCCAACUGUUUAAUGUUU